GGAGGAGAGACCCACCGGCACUCUAUCCGCAUCUGCACCUCGUCAUCUCCUGGCUUGUCUCCGUCGCAGAGCUGCCAAGGUUGCCUGCGCAGCUGCCUCCGCCCUCACGAGACAUCUGCACCAACUUUGCGACUUCUUCCAUCUGCCUGCCACCCGCCAUCCCUCAGUCUCCUCUUUGCAAACCCUCCUGCCUCCUGUGCUCGACCAAAAGUGCUCAAAUCAUGGCUGGUCGCUUCGUGCGCUCAUCCAAGUACCGUCAUGUAUUUGGCAAGCCGACCAGGAAAGAAUUCUGCUAUGACAACCUGCGUGUCAGUCGCAAUGCUUGGGACACCAACUUGAUCAAGGCCAACCCGGAAUUCCUCUCGGUCAAUUGGGAAGCCAGUGGUGGUGGCGCCUUUGCCGUCAUCCCCCUUUCUGAGCGCGGCAAGAUCCCCGACCAAGUGCCUCUUUUCCGCGGCCAUACCGCCGUCGUCACCGACACCGAUUGGAACCCUUUCAACGAUCACAUCGUCGCAUCGGCCUCUGAUGAUGGCAAAGUCAUGAUCUGGCAGGUGCCUCAGGGCUUCAGCCUCUUCACCGACGCAGAGGAGCCCGCUGAUGUCAGCCCCAUUGCGAAGCUCACAGGCCAUACGAGAAAGGUUGGCCAGGUCCUCUUCAACCCGGCUGCCGACAACAUCCUCGCUUCCGCCUCAGGAGAUCUCAGCAUAAAGCUGUGGGAUAUUACGGCCGGCUCCGCUCCUCUCGCCUUAAAGCACUCUGACAUUGUGCAAAGUCUCUCGUGGAAUGCGAGCGGCUCCCUGCUCGUAACGACCUCUCGCGACAAGAAGCUGCGCGUUUGGGAUGUUCGGCAACAGAGACCGGCUCACGAGGGUCCAGGCCAUGAGGGUGCCAAGAACAGUCGUGUUGUUUGGCUUGGCGAGCAGAACCGCUUCGCCACCACAGGUUUCUCGAAAAUGAGCGAUCGUCAGUUGGCCUUGUGGGAGCCUGGCAACAACUCUCCUGUCGGCGGAUUCACCACCCUUGAUAGCAUCUCGGGUGUCUGCAUGCCUUUUUGGGAUGACAGCUGCAACUGUCUUUAUCUCGCCGGAAAGGGUGAUGGCAACAUCCGUUACUUCGAGUACGAGAAUGACAAAUUCGAGUUCUUGUCAGAGUAUAAGUCCGUGGACCCGCAGCGUGGGGUGGCAUUCCUGCCCAAACGUGCAGUCAAUGUACACGAAAAUGAGGUUAUGAGGGCCUUCAAGACCGUGAACGACUCAUACAUCGAGCCGAUUUCAUUCACGGUGCCCCGUCGCGCGGAAACCUUCCAGUCGGACAUUUUUCCCCCCGCCACUGGCGGCAAGGCUGCCCUCAGCGCGGAUGAGUGGUUUGGUGGAAAGUCAGCCCUGCCUCCAAAGAUUGACUUUGAAAGUAUCUAUGAAGGCAAUGCUCCUGUCGAGGUUGCCUCUGAUUACAAACCACCGGCCGCGGCUGUUGCUCCCACCCCGGCACCAGUCGAGAAACCUACCCCAGCCAAGGCACCAGAACCUGUAUCGAGCCCCGCGGUGUCUCGCGGGCCAACCCCUUCGUACAAGGACCAGAAUCGUUCUAUGGCAGCAAUGGCCGACAAGUUCAAUGAUGAGGACGAUGGAUCCGAUAACGAGUCGUCGAGUUUUGAAGAGGUCUCCAAGCCUACUCCACGCGGUUCUCGGCCUGUGGCUUCUCAGCCUGCUCCUACUAGGACAUCCACCGCGCAGUCACCUAAACCGGCCAGCCAGGUCAAAUCUACCGGGCUUGAUGAGCGCGCUCCUGCGCCGAUUCCAACUGCGGUGGCGACAGGUAGCGGUCUCGCUGCAGCCAAGACUUCAGACUCCGGCGUAGAGGGGAGCUUGGAGCAGAUCAAAGAGAUUCUGGAGCAACAGACUAGGCUGAUCACUUCGCUGACCAGCGAGGUCGAAAGCCUCAAGAAGCGCCUGGGUUCGGGUUCGCAGGACCAGAGCGAGCGCAUCCGUCAGCUCGAGUUGGAGUUGGAAUCGUUGCGAUGAAUGCUCCGCACACUGGGCACAGGAAGUACCAUUUGAUACGUGGACUUGAUUGCCUGCUCAGAUGUUGGUUAGCUUCAAUACGUCUUUAGGGGUGGAGGCCUGCUUUGCGAGAUCUAGGGUGAUUCAAAAGUUUUUGUUGGACAGCAUGCACGCUUGUUGGUAAGGGCACUGGGGGCAAAACCAACCCUCGCUUAUUUAAAGUGUCGUAGUCCUGGCUCUCGUAUAGAUAUGAAGCGUUGCUGCCGGGCA